GUUUAUCAUGUUGGGCUCUGGAUUCAAGGCUGAGCGCUUGCGAGUAAACCUGCGUCUUGUUAUCAAUCGACUCAAACUGCUGGAGAAAAAGAAGACUGAGUUGGCCCAGAAGGCGAGGAAGGAGAUUGCAGAUUAUCUGGCAGCCGGGAAAGAUGAGCGUGCCAGGAUCCGUGUGGAGCACAUCAUCCGUGAAGAUUACCUUGUGGAGGCCAUGGAGAUCCUGGAGCUUUACUGUGAUCUGCUGCUAGCCCGCUUUGGCUUGAUUCAGUCCAUGAAGGAGCUGGACUCUGGCCUGGCAGAAGCAGUGUCGACGCUGAUUUGGGCUGCACCACGGCUCCAGUCAGAAGUGGCUGAGUUGAAGAUUGUUGCUGACCAGCUGUGUGCCAAGUACAGCAAGGAGUACGGGAAGCUGUGCCGCACAAACCAGAUCGGGACAGUCAACGACAGGCUGAUGCACAAGCUGAGCGUGGAGGCACCGCCCAAGAUUCUGGUGGAGAGAUACCUAAUCGAGAUUGCCAAGAACUACAACGUGCCCUAUGAGCCUGACUCAGUGGUGAUGGCUGAAGCCCCGGCAGGUGGAGAGGCAGAUCUGAUUGAUGUGGGAUUCACAGACGAUGUGACAAAGGGUGGCCCUGGAGGGGGUGGAGGUGGUGGAUUCACAGCCCCGCUGGUGCCCAUGCCAGUGAUGAUGCCUAUGCCCAUGCCAGCACCAAAUCCACCCUUCUCCUACCCGCCUCCGAAGGUAAGUGAAAACUUCAAUGGCCUGCCAGUGGGGACCUACCAGCCUUUCACCAACAUCCAUCCACCACCGAUUCCAGCAGCCCCACCAACAUACGAAUCUAUUGAUGAGCCUAAUGCCGACAAGGACGCUUCUGCGCCUGUGGCUGGGCCUGGGCCCAAGCCAGAGCCUUCUCCUAAACCAAGAGCUGGAGCUCCUAGCACUGUUGAUAACUUUGUGCUGGCUGAAUUGCCGUCCGUGCCAGAUACGCUGCCAACAGCAUCUGCCGGCACCAACUCUUCUGCCUCUGAAGACAUUGACUUUGAUGAUCUUUCUCGGAGAUUUGAGGAGCUAAAGAAGAAAACAUAA